CGUGAGUGAGUGAGUGAGUGAGUGAGUGAGUGAGAGAGAGAGAGCGAGAGAGCGGGAGGACGGGGGAGCCGGGGUUGGCAGCGCUACAGACUGGACACUCAGGCAUCAGCUUCAGCGGCGGCUCCGGUGGACGAGGCUCCGUCCCGGCGCGCAGCGAUUUAUUCUCCUGCCCAUCGACAGGCUAUGACUGAUAGACUCGUCUUCCAGGUCGAGGCCGUCCAGCUGGGAAGAUAGAAGCUCUGCACCGUGUCGACCUGUUGGCUCUAGGACAAUGCGGCCUGUCCCGCUGGCUGUGCUGUGGCUCUGUGUGGCCACGUCCCUGGAUGCACUGGCCCUGAUUGGACAGAAGACGGCAGCGAGAGAGGAGAAGCUGCUGAAGAGGGUGAGGCGAGGGUGGAUGUGGAACCAGUUCUUCCUGCAGGAGGAGUACACCGGCAGUGACUACCAGUACAUUGGAAAGCUGCAGUCCGACCAGGACCAUGGCAACGGAUUGGUGAAGUACGUGCUCUCGGGGGAGGGCGCCGGCACAGUGUUCGUCAUCGACGAGAACAACGGCGACCUGCACGCCACCCGCCGCUUGGACCGCGAGGAGAAGGCCUUCUACACCCUCAAAGCCACAGUGGUGAACAAGCGCACCGGUCACAAACUGGAGCCGGAGACUGAGUUCGUAGUGAAGCUCCACGAUAUCAACGAUAACGAGCCUCAGUUCAGCAGAGAGGUUUACACUGGCAGCGUAGCCGAGCGGUCCGACAUCGGUACGUCGGUCAUCCAGGUGACAGCUACCGACGCUGAUGACAGCAUGUACGGGAACAGUGCCAAGCUGGUCUACAGCAUUAGCCAGGGACACCCCUACUUCUCUGUGGACCCCAACACAGGUGUGAUCCGCACAGCGUUGGGUCCUGGCGACAUGGACCGGGAGCAAAGGGAGCACUACCAGGUGGUGAUAGAAGCCAAGGACAUGGCUGGACAGAGGGGAGGGCUCACAGGGACCACGGUGGUGAACAUCACCCUCAGUGACGUCAACGACAACCCGCCCCGCUUCACCCAGAGUAUUUACCAGUUCAGAGUUCCAGAGUCGUCCAAGUCUGGAGCCACAGUAGGAAAAAUCCAAGCCACCGACAGAGACAUUGGGAGAAACGCUGAGAUGUUCUUCACUAUUGUCAGUGGAGACGGCAUGGACAUGUUCGAGAUCUCCACGGACAGGGACACGCAGGAGGGGGUCCUCAUGGUCAGCAAGUCUCUGGACUACGAGAAGAAGUCGUCGUACACAGUGGAGGUCCAGGUCCAGAACACAGAGGUGAAUCCUCGCUUCAUGUCUGCAGGCUCUAAAGACAUGGCCACGGUGCGGAUCAGCGUGGAGGACGUGGAUGAGCCUCCGCUGUUUGACAAGGCCAGUUACCGGAUGGAGGUGAAGGAAGAUGCAGCGCCAGGCGUGGCUGUGGGCUCGGUCAGCGCCAUGGACCCAGAUGGAGCUCGCAAGAUGCUCAGAUACUCUAUCGACCGUCACACUGACAUGGAUCACCUGUUCAGCGUCCAUCCAGGGAAUGGCUCUGUGUUCCUGCUCAAAAACCUGGACAGAGAAGAGAGAGCCUGGCACAACAUCUCAGUCAUCGCCACUGAGUUGAAUAAUCCUCGUCAGUUCAGCCACGUAAGCGUCUACAUUCGCCUGUUGGACAUCAACGACAAUGCUCCCGCCUUCGCUGCAGUUUACGAAACCUUUGUGUGUGAACGAACCAAGACUGGAGAGCGGAUCCAGACUGUGAGCGCUGUUGAUGCUGAUGAGCCACAAGGAGGAAACAAGUUUUUCUUCAGCCUGGCUCCCGAGGGGAUGUACCGAAGCAACUUCACUGUGCGAGACAAUGGUGAUAACACUGCCAGCAUCCUGACGCGCAGAGCCAGCUACAGCCGCCUCCACCAGAGCGUCUACCUGGUCCCCGUGGUGAUUACAGACAGCGACUACCCUGUGCAGAGCAGCACCGGCACCCUCACUGUCAGGGUGUGCACCUGUGACCGGGAGGGAAAUAAGGAGCUGUGCAAUGCAGAGGCUCUGAGCAGCUCCCCUGGCCUGAGUACUGGAGCUCUCAUUGCAAUCCUCCUGUGUGCCAUCAUAUUGCUGAUGAUCGUUGUCCUGUUCACGGCGUUAAGGCGUCAAAGAAAGCAGGAGCCUUUGAUCAUCUCCAAGGAGGAUGUCCGGGACAACGUAGUGAGCUACAACGAUGAGGGCGGUGGCGAGGAGGACACCCAGGCCUUCGACAUCGGAGCACUGCGGCACCCGGAGGCAGCCGCUGCUUUGGAUGACUGUGCCAAACAGAGGCGAGACAUCAUCCCCACUGAUGCCCUGCUGUACCCCCCCAGCUGCCGACCCACGCCCACUGCCUCUGGCCUCAUCAUGCCCCCGGUCAGCAUGGUGUCACGAGAUAAUGGGGACGUGCGCCACUUCAUUAACCAGAGGGUCCUGGAGAACGACUGCAACCCCACAGCUCCACCCUACGACUCGCUGGCCACCUAUGCCUAUGAAGGCACAGGCUCAGUGGCCGAGUCCCUGAGCUCACUGGGCUCAGCUUCAUCGGAGACUGAACACGACUAUCACUACCUGAGUGACUGGGGGCCCAGGUUCAGGAAACUGGCCGAUCUGUACGGGGCAGAGGACAGUGACUUCUCCUAACACACACAGUCCUACCACAUGAAUAUUCAGGGAGAGGAAAGAAGAUCUAACAACAAGCUUUAAGAAAAUGUUGGAACAUGCACAUGAACAUAUGGAACAUGGGACAUUCAACAAUGCCACCUACUAAGUGCACAUGGAUCCAUGUGAAGAAACGUCCCACAGUAAACAUGGACGUACAGCAACUGUAAAUCAACCAGCGCAACGGUGCUGCCAAAGAACCUGAAGGCCUGUUUCAGGCCUAAAUGAAGUUUGAACCAACGCCGAACUCCGUUCUGUAUUGAGGAUUCUCUUGUUACCUUGCUGUGAUUGUUGAAGGGUGCUCUGUAGUGUUCUUGUGGCUUUAAAUGUGCUGUCGGAGCCAAACUGACUGAGUGUUGGUCAGUCACCAAAACCAGUGUAGUUAUUUCCAGGCUGGACAAGCUGCAGAGAUGAAGAGUGUUGUUUUGACUAAGUGUCCUUCUGCUGCCCUGAAAAUGAACUGACUGGGGGGUCAUGAUUCAAAUGACUGCUGUGUCACACGACCAUUCCAGAGGGAUCCUUGGUUGGAAGUGGUAUGAGAACAGGACAAGUCUGACUAAAUGCACUGAUUUCCUUCUGUUUACACAGAAGCCAUGUGUUUGCUGCAUCGUUUCCUUUUUGGGUAAAUUGUACUAAGAGUAUGCAACUGCUGUAAAAUGUUUUCUGACCAUUGUUUCUUCAGGGCAGUCUCAUUGACUUCACCAACUUUUCCACCAGGCCACAUUCAGUUUCAACUGGUUCACAAUCACUGCUUCAUUUUCACAGCCAGUAAAUGGCUUUAGGCAAUAAGUAAAGGCUAAAGCUAACAAACCCUAAUGUUGAUGGUACAGUAAUUGGACUCAGUCUGUUUAGAAGCUUAACAUUGUCUCCAGCAACUACACAUAACAGCUCAACGUGUUAGACCAGUUAUGUUUUGACAUGUACUUGUACUUGAUAUUCAUGGGUGCAGUGCAAACACAAUGACAUCACACUGUUUGUAUAAUGCUUUAACCAGCACUAGCCCUGGUCCAACCCCAAGAACACCUGCAGACCACUGAACAUGCGUUAAACACAAUCGUGUCUGAUGACGGGUGUUCACAGCUCUGCUAGUGUAGCUGUGCAGUAACCUGGACAGCUGGUGCUCUCAUUCUCGUGCUUCCACAGUCACUGCUACACUGAUGCUACCCAGCUAUGAGCAGGGAGUACACCUCCACCUACAGCCCCUCCUGGCUCUGUCCAGUUUUCACCAAUGACUUUACCUGUACUCAGCAUAAGAGCUCUGACAAACUCACCUGUUACUGCAGUCAACAGACCUGUUCAGCCUGUUAUCAGUCACGACAAAGGCAUGUUUAUAGAAGAAAUCGUGUUUUAAGUGGCAGCCAUACUUUACAGUCACAACUGCAGCUUGAAUGUCUUUAAUCACUGGUAACCUUAUUUUUGUGUAAUAUUUUUGCUUGCACCUAUUUCCCAUCAUAUAAAGAUAUGAUCUAAGUCUUUUCUGCCAGUUUCUUUGAUGUGCUGGUUUGUUUAUUCAGCCCAUUCUUUGGUGUCGUUCAGUAACAUGUUGGUCUAUAACUACUGAGGGACAAACGUCAGCCUCAGUGCUGUGAUUGAACAAAAGCUGCAGUAUCAUCACAUCCAGACUUCUUCAGAACUUUGGUUGUUUGAUUUCACAUUUUGUUCCAGUUGUAUUUUGUGAAUGUUUGCUGUGAAGGCUUCAAACUCAAAAUUUUCACAUGUUCUUGUUUAUAUGGGUCCAUUAAUUUUGUACCAAAUAUUUAUAGGAAAAAUAAUGAUAUUCAUGGAGGGACAAGAAAAUUCAAAUAUUGUCAAGCUCUGUUUUUUAAUGUGUGAAUCUUUCUGUGGGCAGUCCACCGUCCCAAUAUGAUGAUGUAUAACAAGUUGUUUAAUUUUCUCAAAAUAAACUUUUACAGUUAAAAA